AUGCACGGAUACAGUUCCUCCGAGGAGUCGGAAGACUACCGCCGUCCAAAACCGGUGCCGGCAUCAACGACCACCACUGACAAGAAGACCAAGAAAAAGAAGAAGACACCGCCUCAGCAGUCCAUCAACCGUAUCUGGAAGCAAUUCCAGAACCGCAAGUUCAAUAAGGCGCUCGCCGUACUUCCUUUCGACCCUGUCCUACCCCCGGCAAGCGCCGACAAGCCGAACGAGCUUCUGACCGCCGGAUACGAGCGUGCUGCCGAGGAAUGCCGCCGCAAAGUAAAGAAGAUCGUACAAGAGUGCCGGAGAGUGAACAUGCGAUACCGUGACCCUGGAUGGGAUUUGGAUUGGGAUUUGAAGUGGGAAAAAGGUCACUGCUUGAACACCCUCGGCGCCACCAAGUGGCAGCUCUCCCGAACGACCCUCUCCAAUCCCAGCGCCUCCGUCCCCAAGGCCGUGAAGCGCGUCCACGAGAUUUUCGAAAAGCCCACAUUCAUGAAGAACCUCGACGGUUGCGAUGUCAAACAAGGCAGCCUCGGUGACUGCUGGUUAAUGGCCAGUCUGACCGCCCUCGCUAACGUCGAGGGUGGAAUGAAGCGCAUCUGCGUCGAGUACGAUACCCGCAUCGGCAUUUACGGCUUCGUCUUCUACCGAGACGGAGAAUGGAUUUACUCCAUCAUCGACGACAAGCUGUACCUCAAGUCACCCUGCUGGGACUCGCCCAGCAUGCAGCGAGAUCUCCUGCAGCAGAUCGACCGGGAAGACGUCGAGCGCGUAUACCGCAAAACGUAUCAAACAGGUUCCAAGGCCCUCUUUUUCGCCCAAUGCAAAGACCAAAACGAGACAUGGGUGCCCCUGCUGGAGAAAGCCUACGCAAAGGCGCAUGGAGACUACGCUUCUCUUUCUGGUGGUUGGAUCGGCGAGGGAUUGGAAGAUCUCUCCGGCGGUGUCACCACCGAGCUGCUUACCUCCGACAUCCUCGACACGGAGGGGUUCUGGGAGAACGAGCUCUCCAAGGUCAACGAGGAGUUUCUCUUCGGUUGCUCUACUGGUCUCCUCGACGGGGGCUACGGCGAAAGAGACGGUAUCUCCGAGGGCCACGCAUACGUUAUCAUGGAGGCUCGAACCCUCAAGUCUGGCGAGCGUCUGAUCAAGCUGAGAAACCCUUGGGGCAAGGUUCGCAAAGGCUUGUGGGAGGGUGCUUGGUCUGACGGAUCCAAGGAGUGGACCCCUGAAGUGACCGAAGAACUCGGCCACCAUUUCGGCAACGACUCUGUUUUCUGGAUCAACUACGAGGACUUCCUCAGCAAAUAUCAGCACAUCGACAGGACCCGCCUUUUCCGAGACCCUUCUUGGCGAUGCACUCAGCGAUGGAUCGGCGUCGAAGUUCCCUGGAAGAGUCACUUCAACGAGAAGUUCCAAGUCAAGCUGUCCAAAGACGGACCGCUCGUCUUAGUUCUUUCUCAGCUCGAUACCAGAUAUUUCAAAGGACUCCAAGGGCAGUACACCUUCCGCAUUCACUUCCGCAUCCAUGAGCGCAGUCGUCCCGGUGCCGAAGACUACAUUGUUCGCUCUCAUGGCAACUAUCUCAUGGAACGAUCUGUAGCCAUUGAGCUCCCCGACAUGCCUGCGGGCGAGUACAGCAUCUUCUUGAGCGUCACCGGCGAAAGAGACAACAGUCUGCCUUCAGUGGAAGACGUUGUCAAACGCGAAUGCCGGUCGCGCGUGGAAAACGAGAAGCUCGUCCAAAUCGGCGCAGCUUAUGACCUCGCGCACAGCAAAGGCACAGCUCAUCUCGAAGAGGUCGCCAGGCUACGAAAGCUCAAGGAGCAACAGAGAGCCUCGGACUCCCGUAGGCAAGAGCGCCGCAAGCUCUGGGAGAGACGCCAUCUGAACCGAGAAAUUUCUAAGAAGCAAACCAAGAAGAACACCGAUAAGCGCGACCGCAGAAUCGCAAAGGCCGAGGCCGAGGCCAGGGCCGCUCAGGCAGCUCAGAAGGCCGAGGCUGAAGCCAAGAUGAAGGCUGAGGCAGAAGCCAUGGCCGCUGAGGUAGCUCAGAAGGCACGCGAAACCACCAAGGGCAACGAGGAAGACGAGAAAAAGAAGCAAGACGAGGCAGCGAAAAAGGAAGACGAAGAUUCCAAGAAUGAAGUCGUCCAGACCGAGGCCGCUAAGGAGGAGCCCAAGGAGGACCCCAAGGAGGACAAGUCAGACGACAAGGCGACCGGUUCCUCCGAUGCAAAAGAUGACUCUGCAGUCGAGACCAAGACUCCAGACGAGCAGUCCAAGACCGACCAUCAGGAUGGUUCCAAGAACGACUCGAAACAGGAGUCCAAGGAUGAAGCCGAACAAGAUGCCAACAUCGACACCAAUGGCGAGACAAAGGCCGACGACGAGAAGGAGGAGGAUACCACGGAGGCUCAAAACUCAGAAACGGUUGAGGAAACCGCCGUCCAACCUGCGCCUCCCCCGCAACCAGCACCAGUGUACGACGACGUCGACGAUUCUUCGGAUUCGCCAAUUGAGGAUUGGGAAGAGCUUUACAGUGAUGAUGACAUGGUUCGUAAGCCACGUCUUACUCCUGCAGGCCCUCCCAAGACUCAUGAUGAACGCUACGAAUCUGAAGAAGAGGGCCUGCCAGACCCCUGGAAUGCAAUUUGCAUCGUUGGCGUUCGCAUAUACUCUCAGGACGAUGAUCUCGAGCUUCGGGUUGUCAUGGAGGGAGGCGAGCUACUCGAAGGCGGCAUGGGAAAGAAAGGCGAGGCCGACCUUGACAAUGCCCAGGUCAACGCUGGUGGUGAGCGAGAGAAGAAAGACGUCGAAGAGAAGUCUGAUGAGACAAUUGAGCCUGUCAAGGUCAACGACGACAAUAUUGAGAAGAAGGACGAAGUGAAAGAGACGGCCGUGGCGACGAAAUACGAACCGACCGACGCAAGCAAGGAGUCAAGCGAAGAUUCCAAGUCGGACAAGAGCGUCGACUCGACCGAGUAUGACAAGUUAGACUCCGGUGCCACCACUCCAGAAGUCAUCACACCAGAGCCGACACCUCUUGAGACGAACAGAGAGUUGUGCUAG